GACCCGGGCCCUCCAGAGCGUGUGCAGCGAGGAGCCGGCGGGCGAGCGGGCGUCUCUGCAGCCGGCGAGCAGGAGGAGGAGGAGCCGCCGCCGCAGCGCCAGGGGCAGCCAGGGGAGCCGAGGAGGGCGCCCCAGGUGGUUGCCCCCUCCCUCUCCUGAGAUGUCAGGAAGGAGGUGGCGUCCUGCGUCCCCCACAGGGGCUCCCCGGAGCCUGGGGGCCCCCAGCCCUGGAGCUCGGAGGUGGAGGAGGUGCUGACAGGUGCUCAGCGAGAUGCUCCCCCACCCCUCAGGCUCCCUCCCCAUCCUCCUACUUUUCCUCCUCCCCAGUGUCCCAAUGGAGCCCCAUCCCCCACCCUCACCACUGCCCCCAUUUCCAGCCCCUGAGUGGGACCUCUUGUCCCCCCGAGUAGCCCUGUCGAGGGGUACCCCCACGGGGCCCCCUCUGCUCUUCCUGCUAGAGGCUGGGGCCUUCGGGGAGCCAGCCGGCAGCCCAGCCAACCGCAGUCGGCGGGGGGUGAGUGAGACAGCACCAGCGAGUCGCCGGGGAGAGCUGGCUGUGUGUGAUGCAGUCAGCGGCUGGGUGACAGACCGCCGGACUGCCGUGGACCUGCGUGGCCGUGAGGUGGAGGUGCUGGGCGAGGUGCCUGCAGCUGGUGGCAGUCCCCUUCGCCAGUACUUCUUCGAAACCCGCUGCAAGGCUGACAGCACUGGGGAAGGUGGCCCCGGUGGGGAUGGAGGGGGCUGCCGGGGUGUGGACCGGAGGCACUGGAUGUCUGAGUGUAAGGCCAAGCAGUCCUAUGUGCGGGCACUGACCACUGAUGCCCAGGGUCGUGUGGGCUGGCGAUGGAUUCGAAUUGACACUGCCUGCGUCUGCACGCUUCUCAGCCGGACUGGCCGGGCCUGAGGGCCCCUACCCAGGAACUGGGCAGGCAGAGGAAGAGGAGAGCUGGUUGCUGUAAGACCUCAGAGGUGGCCCAGCUGUUGUGGCCUCAGUUUGGGAACUUGUCAGAUGGUCACAAAAAUAACAGCUCUCUGACUUUUGAGAGCUCAAUCUGGGCAAGACAAAUGGUGAACAAAUGGGGUUUUGAAGGAUGAAUAGGAGUUCUUUUGGAUGAACUUGAAGGUAAUGAUGAUGAUGAUGAUGAUGAUGAUGAUAGCCAAUAUUUUGAGUGUGUACUGUUUAUCAGCUCUAAUACACAACUUGUCAGAUCA